UCCAACGCCAAAUGUAAAAAAAACACAAUUAAGCGCAAUAAGUUCUAGAUAAUGAAACGUAACUUCAAGCUGAGAACUCAGGAAUUAUGUAUGUUAAUAUACGACGCUAAUGAAAACCGGCUUUUGAGAAAACAUAUAGAUAUUCUUCAUGUCACAAUAAUGAGAUACGUUUUAGAAAAACCUAUAAUCCAAGAACAGCCUAGUAUAAAAACUGCUAAGCUCGGAAUAAGAAAAAACUUAAUACCCACAAUCGGGAGUGGUCCCCUUAUGCAAGGAAAUAUUUAUCCAGUCGCAGUUUGAUUCCACCAAUAAUCGGAAGCAAACCCGAUCAUAAGAGAAGAUCAAACCAAUAUCAUAACUAUAGUUCAUUUAGUUAUCAUUGCUUAUUUAGCUAUCAUAAUGGAUUGUGAAGUGUUGCAAGAAUUGCUGGAAAUAGUAAAGUAAUGAAUAAAUUUACAAUGAUAGCUCGUUUUGCUAUUAUUUUCUUAUUCAGACGGUGAGAAAUGUAUGAAUGUAUUAAAGUGCCGUUGUCAGCAUUUUCUGUAAUUUUUUGUAUAUUUUAGUGAGAAGUUCAUAAUAUACACGAAAAACUCGAAUUUUGGCAGAAUAAUGGAUUGAAGAUUGUAAACCCUGUUUAAAUGAUUUUGAGGGCUGAUUAAUUUAUUCGAAGAAUAAUUUAUAUAUAAAAAAGAGGAUGUAAGUUUGUAUGUUUGUAACGCCAUAACUCCGACAACUUAACGGAUUGCCACCAAACUUGGCACAGAAACUUCUUGCUCCUCAGAGAUGGUCAUAAAGAUAUUCAUAGGGGAGAGAGUGUGUAGUAAUUGUCUUUAACAUGGGGAGUCAUGACAAAAUUUAUCUAAUUUGACGAGAAUCUAUACUUUUAAAGAUCAUAGAUACUUUUUUUUCACAAAUUAGAUAUGAUUAUAAAGGUGGGUGGAUGUAGAUGAUAAUUCCGGAACUACUCAAUGGAUUACUAUAAAAAUUAGCACAGAUACCUUCUUCAGAUAUGAUCAUUAGGGCAUUUUCAUAUGAGAGAGUGUGUAUCAACUGUCCUUAAUAUGGGACAACAACGAAAUUCACCUAAUUUAAAGAGAAUCGAUAUAUUUCAGCAAAGCUCCAUAACAACUCAGUAAAUUAUCACCAAACUUGACACAGGUAUUUUUUACAAUUCAGAUGUGGUCAUAAGGGUAUUUUUUUUAUUUUUCUCGACGAGCUUAUAUAUUCAUUGCAAAGAUGUUCAAGAGGGUGUAAUUCGUAGCAAUUGCCUCCAAAAAGGAGUGUUAAUUUCAAAAUUUUCUUAUUUGUCGACAAGAGAGAGGGAAGGAUUCAGACUAUGAGAAAGGGGUUUUGAAAAUCAAUUUACAUCUCUCAUUUUUUGUAAAACAAGAGAGAGGCAAGAAUUUCAAGAUUUUGCUAGAUAGUAUUGCUAUUGUUAAUUUGAAUGGAAAUCAAAGAACUAAGGGACAAUAAUCUGUAUCUGCCUAUAAACGCGAGUCUAUGCAAGUUUCAGCAUAACUACGAAACAACCAAACAAGUCGUCACCAAGCUUGGCGCAUAUACCAAAGGUGGGAAUCGAUACGUUUUGAAGAGCACGGAUACUCUGUACACUAUUCAGAGGUGUUCAUAAGGGUUAUCAUGGAGGAAAGCUGUAGCAAACUCACUAAAAAUAGGGAGUUCAAUAUAAAAUUUAUUCGACGAGAAACGAUGCAUCUUGACAAAUACAGAUACUACUUUUAUUUCAAUGGAGAUUAUAAGGUUAUUUGUGUAGCAAGUGCCCAAAAACAUGAGCAGUGUAAGGUGAAAUUGAUUGAAUUUUACGGAAAACAUAACAACAUAAAACCGACCUAAUUUGACGAGGAUACCAGGAAAAUUAUGAUUAUUGUCAGAUCCGAGAUCCACCAGUUAAUCUCUGAAAAAUCUUCACGGAGAAAAUUCACUAUUUUCCGGUCCUUACGGAACCAGAAACUGGAAACCGGUAUAACUGUAGAGAGAUUAUUCGGUGAUCUAUCAGCAAGAUCUAGUAACUAGAGAAAUUUAUGACCUAUAUUCAAGCGAAUCGCAGCUCUCUACAUGGUCAUUAAUGAAAAGCACCCUUAUAAUCAAAAUUUUUGCACUUAUCUCCCUGUAACUCCGAAUUUCGGAUUCAACUAAAAUUCUUUAGCAUUGUAUAGGAUCACAAGACCUUUCAUAUGAAUCUAAGUUUAUGAAAAUCAGUUCAACCAACUCUGAGAGAGAGUGCACACACAUACAGACUUUGCCGAUUUCGACGAACGGAUUCGAGAUUUGACACGGAUUCGGAUUUGACACUCGACCCUCUGGGUCUUGGUUUAAUAGUCGAUUUUCACAGUGAUUGCACAACUUUUCUAUAUGAGAAAGGCAAAACACAUUAAUCAGCGUAUGUAAAUUUGUAAAUCAAUGCAAAAAUCGGAGAUUACUAUUGAACAUUGGGUGUAAAAAAAACAGAUGGAUCAGAUCACGUAUAUAAACAAAUUGUUCUUCAUUCGCAUCAAAAUUCGGUCAAAACUAUACUCGUUCUUUCGAUACAAAUGUUUGUUCGGUUCUCUCAAAAUACGUGUUUUCUAAACGAUUUUAGAAACUUUAAGUCCGUGUUCGGUUUCUGCAUUCAAAUAUACAUACUUCAACUGAUUUUUCUAAAUUUAAUUGUAUUCAUCCGAUAUUGACAUAUUAAAAGUCGUAAGUUAAUUUAGAGACAUGGUAAAUUUGUACAUGCUUUUGGUUGUAAAUUUAAGUAAAUUGAAACGUAAACUUACAUGAUUUUCUCUUAGCGUGUCCCUUACAAACAUUUACGAAAAUGCCUCUUUGGAAAUGGAAUAGACGAAAUGGGUUCCGGUUAACAUAUAUUCUGUUUAGUCUUUACAAAAUGUGUUUUUUGGGGGACGGGUUUUACUCUAUACCCACUUGUCAUAAAAUUAUACACACUUAAAACCAUUUCUUGAGCUCGGCAUAAUAAAAUGCCGAAACUGAUCAGCAACACGUAAAUUUGCUGAUUGCUCAGUAAUCAAUACGCAUGUUUCUGAACUUCGUUAAAUGCAUUCACUGAUAUUUCGGUAAAAUGCUUCACUUUGCCGAAAUUUGGCAUAAUUGCUUGCUGAAUUUAUCAGUAAACAACAGAUAUGCCGACAUCAGCAGAGACGUUUGCCGAGAUUUCGGAAUAUGCGCUAGCUGUUGCCGAGAUUCAGCACGACAGCUGUCAUUUAUUGCCGCGUUACAUUUUCGCUUCGCAUUGUGCGAUUAUUUUCUAAUGAAAUUCUCGAGUGAAAAAAUGGAGAAUCUUCGAAGAUGCGUGGAACCGUGUGGAAAGCGUCCUCGAGACAAAACUUUGGGGGAUAUGCGAAAAAAUAACCCAAUGCAAGGAAUAAUUCAAUAGAUCAAACUCGACUCAAGGUGGCCGCAUCUGGAAACGCCGCUUUUUAUUUAUGCUACAUGUUUUCAGAAUGUCCUUGCUGAUACUUCGUCCUCUGCUGACUAGAAAUAGAAUCCAUUCGGUUUGUUUGUUUCGCCUGACUGCUGCAGCGACUACUUUUUCCGUACCGGUGCAGCCAACUCGGUGUUAUGCGGAGGCCAAACGAUCGGCCGGAUCAAGUUCGCUGGUGACCGGUUCCGGUAGGACCGAUGUGUCCGCGGAUGUCAAACCACUAGGCGAGCGGGUAAAGGAGAACACCAAAACCGCUAGCUACAUGGGAGUCAUCCUGCUGGGGGUGGGAGUGACGGGUAUACUGUUCUUCGCUAUCUUCCGGGAACUGUUCUCGUCCAAUAGUCCGAAUAGUGUUUACACGGAGGCACUGGAGCGGGUCAAAAAUGAAGCCAGGGUAAAGGAUUCGCUGGGGGCACCGAUCAAAGGUUUCGGAGAGGAAAACAGCAGAGGACGAAGGAAACAUGUUGCGCAUACCACGUACGUACGAGACGGGGCACAGUACUUGCGAAUGCAGUUCUACGUUCAGGGAAUUAGGAAUAAGGCUACAGUGCAUUUAGAAAAGAAACUGAAUGAUUCGGGCAGCUAUGAAUAUCGAUAUUUGUUUGUGCAACUGGAUUACUAUCCUCACACAACGAUUAUCCUGGAAGAUAACAGACUGCAACAGGAUGGCCAAAAGUUGAAAAACAGUUUGCAGCCCAUUUUAUAGACUUAUUGCUGAACACUGCCCAAUCUACAUGAGAUUUUGUAAAUAUAUUUCAUUUUAAUUUAGGCACAAUCUUUCGAUGCGACCUAUAGGAUUUAUGUAAAAAAUUAUUGAUCGUUUCAUUGAAAAUUGAUGUAUUUAAACACAUUCAAAAAAGAUUAAACAAAGCUCCUCGUAAGUUUA